AUGACGAUAACGGCUUCUUCUGACAUGCAGGUGGAAGAGCUGGAGAAACGCACGUCAAGCCCGGCCUUUGAGCAGAUCCACAGCCCACGGUCAAAAGAAGCUGGGCCAGCAUUCCCUCUUUCCCCUCAAAAGAAGAAGGACCAUUCUCUGGAGGAAAAUCAGAAGACAUCAGAAGCUGUAGAAGAAAGACCCAAGUCUCGUGCCGCAGAAGACUGGAAGCAGCUGCCUGAGAAACGAGAGCUUCUCGACAAAGUGCUUCAGAAAGCCAUGGAAAAACACAACAACGUUAGUAAAAUGGCAGAGUGGAAGCCACAAAGAGACUCGAGAGCGCCAAGGGCUGCUAAACUGGAGCGUUUGCCAGAAAAGGAUGCACACAUUGACAAAGUGCGCAAGAACAGAGAAUCCAAAGAUCCUGCUGAGGAGACUGAAGGCGUCUAA